AUGUCAGUGUACCCGAUUUUGCUGCAUACAGUAGCAUGUGGAUGGUAUGUAUUUUUUUGGAAUCAAAUACUAGAUUCAUUUUUGACAACUACAAAAGACAAAGGAGAAUGGCAUCCCAUGUACCAAAAUUUAGUUGAAUUCAGAUUUAGAUUCUUCACAAACUGGAAUUUGAUUAUGCAAACGUUAUACUUCAGCGGCUGUUUACUUCACGAUAUCAUGAAAAUUCUCAAUGGGCCGAAUUGGCUUAACUUGGGAACCAAAUUUCAAAAUUUACUAUCUGCUAGCUUUGCCUCUCUUAUACUACCUACUGGAAUAUUAGUAUCGGUGACGUUUUGGAUCUUUUACGGCAUUGACCGAGAGGUCGUUUAUCCAAAAAUAUUAGACAACUACAUACCAAUUUGGCAUAACCAUGGAAUGCACACUGUGAUCUUACCGCUGGUUUUCGCUGAACUAAUGACUACCAAACACAGAUUCUUACCCGUGAAAGUUCUAAUAACGAUCUUUAAUUCCUUCAUGUUUUUUUACUCAACCAUUCUUCUGGUAACCUACUUGAAAAAUGACCGUUGGUUGUACCCGCUCUUGGAAAAGUUCAGCUUACCAGUAGCAAUAGCCAUAAUUCUAUGUUUUCAGUUCGUCUUCGCUGGAUCUUUAUUUGCCGGUGUCUUCAUUCAAAAUCAAGUCUGGGGUGAAAAGAAGAGAAAAGAAAAGGGAGAAAACAGAAAAACUGUAGAAAAAUCAGAAAAUGUCAGUUCUUUCUAA